CCGCCUUAGCUCCCGCAUAUAGUUUCUUAUUAGGUUCGCAUCGCGUAUAGAAAAUAAGACAUAAGACAUAUGCUACCUCGGCCAGCGUCAGCCUAGAUAAAUGCGAAAAGAAAGAAUAAAUCUAUAUGACGACGACAUCCCUCAGCUCCCGGCCUAGAAAAGACAUGCCGCUGCAUAUAAGAACCACAACGUUACAUAUCACAUCCUCAUCAUUGGUCAUACGGCAAUAAUCCGCGAGGGUUGACAAGAUCGAUCCAUCCCGUUGGAAAGUAUCCGCACCGUAGCUUCGGAACCGAAAUCGGCAAAUUUCCCAUUGAAUAGCAGGGAAGAAUAGCAUGCGCAUUUCCCCCCCAUCCAGGAAGAGAAUUGCGUAAGAGUAUCCGGCUAGCUGUAAGGGAUUAAAAACCAGUGGGAGGGAUUUACAAUUUAUUCGUCUCGUCCCGUCCCGUUCCGUCCCGCAACCCACUGGGAUUAUGCACAAACUGCUUGCGCGCCUCCAACGGUAUAGUCGUUGUGCGAUGGCAGCUGGAGACAGCAAUGCAAGGGCGAAACACCAACCUAAUAGGUCCCUGGAUUACAUAUUGAAGGGCAGGGUCUAUAUCGAAGAAUUACCCCCGGAUAUCGAGCCUAUUAGGAGAUUUUUAGAGAAGUACAGCGGUAUCCGUGCGAAGGAUGUCGAUGAACAUAUCUACCAAAUACGUGAUCGGUUAUGGGAGAUAUAUCCAUAUAUCUGCAUCGGCCACUUCCGCUUCCUUUCCCUCAAAUUCACAUUAGAUCCUCGGUACCAAAUAACAUUAAGUCGACUUCUUGCGCCCAAGUCCGAGGCCACGUUUCUUGAUGUCGGUUGUUGCGUAGGACAGGUACUACGACAACUUGCAUUCGAUGGCGUGGAUUCUUCUAGAUUAUAUGGUACAGAUCUGGAACCUCGAUUUCUAGAAGCCGGCUACGACCUUUUCAAGGACCGAAAUAAAUUCAAGGCAACCCUUGUAGCUGGUGAUAUGCUUAGCCAAGAUGGCGAGAAUGGCGAAGGCGAUGAGAGACUCAAGAUCUUGGAUGGAAAGAUGAGCAUUAUCCAUGCGACAAGUUUCUUCCACCUCUUUACGUGGGAGAACCAAGUUCGUGCUGCUCUACGUAUGGUCCGAUUUCUUAAUCCGAACGACCCAGAUGUCAUGAUAUUCGGACGCCAUGUUGGGACGACAACUCCAGGCAACAAUGAAGGAGCAAGAGGAUCUAAGAGAUACCUGCACAAUGCCGCAAGUUGGCAAGAUUUAUGGGACGAGGUGGGCAGACUCACGGGAACGACGUGGCGGACUGAGGUGGAAGAGAUUGAUGAACCUGGUAUGCAUCCAGAUGGCAAUACCAAUGAGGCGCUGAGGCGCUUACGAUAUGGCGUUUUUCGAGCUUGAUUGAUUAGGUAUACCCAUGUUUAAAUUGUUAUGGAUCGGAGGUAUUUUGCACGCAUUAGCCAGUAUUCUUAAGGAGUUUUCCAGGUUAUCAGGAUAUGCGAAGACGAUGCACAAUCACUUAUGUCCUCUCUAAUGUAGUUAUUUCUAGGAGCUGUUCAGUAUCGCUAUAUCAUAUUAAAGAUUUAUACCAUUGAUUUAUUACUUUUCUA